GCGUCCGCAGGCCUCCGCGCGCUUUUCCGGCCAUUCAUAACCCUAGUCCGUGGGUCUCUGGAGCCUGAAUUCCGUGAACAGUCGGGCCAGAAGGGAGAACUGCGUCGCUAGGAUGAAGCUCGUGAGAUUUUUGAUGAAAUUGAGUCAUGAAACUGUAACCAUUGAAUUGAAGAAUGGGACACAAGUCCAUGGAACAAUCACAGGUGUAGACGUCAGCAUGAAUACACACCUUAAAGCUGUGAAAAUGACCCUGAAGAACAGAGAACCUGUACAGUUGGAAACAUUGAGCAUUCGAGGCAAUAAUAUUCGGUAUUUUAUUCUACCAGACAGUUUACCUCUAGAUACACUACUUGUGGAUGUUGAACCUAAGGUGAAAUCUAAGAAAAGAGAAGCUGUUGCAGGAAGAGGCCGAGGCCGGGGUAGAGGAAGAGGACGUGGUCGCGGCAGAGGAAGAGGGGGUCCCAGGCGAUAAUGUCUCUCAAGAUUACUGUUUCAAAUUGAUAAGGAAUUUGGGGAUAUUUUUUGUACAGGUUUUGUUUGUUUGUCAGUUUUUAAUAAACAUAAGUGUAGGGACAGAGUUGUCUGUUGAUUAUCAAAUUAAAAUUGUAGUGAGUAUUUACUGUAUUCACAUAGUAUGUUCAGUUCGGGGAGUUGGACACAUGAAAUACGUAUGUACUGAACAUGGGUUUGAUUUCUUUGAGUCCAUUAUUUGGGCCUCUUUUGAGAUGAAAUAAGUUCUUGGUAUUUCAAUAAA